AUGAAGAAUAAACGAAAAACAAUCAGCGGUUGGAUUAUAUCUGUGUUUCAAUUCAAAUGUGUUCCUCGUCCACCAGAUGAUACAGUUCAAGCGUUGAAAUUCAAUCCUCAAAUCGCGGGCCAUCCAGUAUUUUUGGUAUCUGGCAGUUGGGAUUCAGUAAUUCGGAUAUGGCAAAUAAGUGAAACGGGCCAGUGCGAAGUUAAAGCUCAGCAAAUUGUUGGUGGCCCAGUUAUGGAUCUCGAAUGGCUUGACGAUGGAACCAAAAUCUUCAUUGCAAGUGCCGAUGAGAAAAUAUAUUUAUGGGAUUUAGUUCCGAAUCAAAUAACCGUGAUAGGCAAGCACGAUAAACCUGUAAAGUCAUGUCAUUGGGUUAAUUCAACUAAUUAUAGCUGCUUGAUGUCGGGGUCUUGGGAUAAAACUCUGCGAUUUUGGGACAUCCGGCAGCUAUCAACUCAAACAUCUUUGGCUACAGUGCAACUUCCAGAGAGAGUCUACUGUAGUGAUAUGCUUUAUCCAGUGGCUGCUGUUGGACUUGCAAAUCGCCAUGUGAAAAAUCGAUGUAUCGCAAUAUUUAGAGACAAAAUUGGCCUGCCGACUGGUUUCGCGCUUGGUUUAACUGGAGGACGCGUUGCAAUACAAAGUAUUGAAGCUUCCAAUCUGAAAGAUAAUUUUACCUUUAAGUGCCACAGAUCGCCUGAUCUCAUCAAUGGAUUUCAGGAAAUAUAUGCAGUAAAUGAUUUAGCAUUUCAUCCUUUAUAUGGUACUUUAGUUACUGUUGGAUCUGACGGAAGGAUUGUUGUCUGGAGUAAGGAGCGUCGAAUAAGGUUAAAAAUGUCAAGUGCUUUGCCUCAGCCAGUAACGAGGGUCACUAUUCACCCAUCAGGGCAGGUUAUGGCUUAUGCUAUUGGUUACGAUUGGAGUAAAGGACAUGAAGGAUAUAACGCGGCUAACGCGGGUAGCAAAAUAUACUUACAUACUUGUGGCGAAGAUAUGAAACUGAAGCCAAAAAAAUAA